CGACUGGACGUCGAAAUGCUGCUCUCUCACGCGUUCAGUGCACAUCCAGCAUCUGAGCGUACCAUGUGCUUCCUCUUGCUCGUUUAUCUCCUCUUAUCGGUCGACGCUCAAGACGUUAGCGCGGAGGAAGUGGACUGCCAAGUUUACAACCAUCUUUACGUUUGCCUGGCCAACGGCGUGCUGCAGAGCGUCGCGUUCGAGGAUGUCAACGCGGUGCAGACCAUCGACGACAUAGAAUUACACAUGGAAAGCCUCGGGAUCACCGACAUAGCCAAAGACGCGUUCCUCGAGGUCGCCAAUUCCUCGGCGCUCUAUAUUCGCGACAACCAAAUGUCCACGAUAUCGAAACACUAUUUCUCCGCGCUGGAUCAAUUGACAUACUUGGAUCUCAAGAACAACACCAUCAGGGACAUCGAGGAUGGCGCGUUCAUCAGACUGCAGAGUUUGGAGACGUUGCUGUUGGAUUGCAACAACAUCUCCACGUUUCGACCAGGAGUUUGGAAGGGUCUUGCCGAUCUUCACGAACUAUACGCCACCAACAACAACAUAGUGCUCAACAGAAACAUGUUCAGAGGUCUCAGACACCUGGAAACGCUGGCGUUGGACUCGAACGAAAUCUCGGAGGUGCCGAUCGGUGCGUUCAACGGUCUUCCUCACAUCGAUCUUCUCUAUUUGUCCAGAAACAAAAUUUCCAAUCUUCAACCGGAGUGUUUCCGCGGCCUCGGCGCGAUCAACGAGCUUGAUCUCGGUAGAAAUCGAUUGAAAACCAUUUACGCCGGGAUGUUUCGAUAUUUGAAGAACCUGAAUUCCCUGUGGCUGAACGGGAAUCAAAUUUCUACGCUCACGGCGGACGUCUUCGACGGUUUGGACAAUCUGUUGCUACUGUUUCUGAACAACAACGAGCUGAGUUUCGUGGACAUGUCGGCUUUCGCCAGGAUGAAGAACGUCACGGUCGAGCCGGGCUUCGUGAUACGGGGAUCGACGUUCGAUAAAGCUUUCAAAGUGCACGGACGAUUUCGGUGCAACGAAGUCGCGUUCGAAUUGCCUUACGAAUGCACGGAAAUCAAGUAAAUCGGUUUUCUUAUUUUGUUACGCAAUCGGCCACGGAAGAGUCCAUGGAAAUUCGCGACGUGAUUCAAGAUACGAGUGCUUUUGAUAAUCAUGUAGUUCGUAAAUCGUUUGUCGGGCAAAGUUAAAAAUGUUUUUAGUAACGAACAAGAUAUGAUUGCACCAAUAUGUAUACACAUCUAUCGCAAGUGUAUUAAAGUUUACAAAAAUCGUUCCUAUCGUUACAUCAAUCUUUGCUAAUUUGCAAUUGUAUCGAGUGAAGCAUGAA